AAUAGAAAGUAAACAAACCACAACAAAAUUAGAAUAAAAUACAUUUUAUAAUUUAAUCAUUGACUGCAUAACAGAACUCUUUUACAGUCAGUGAAUUGAAUGCAGUAUGCUUCCAUCCAAUACGCUUUCAUAGUUAUGGAGGUUUUUUUUAUUAUAAUUCAAAGCAAUAUGCAAUUUUCUGUCAACAAUUAAUUUGACAUUUGAUCAUGCAUUUUACAAUUAUGAUUCAAACAAAAUUCCAUAAAAGUGAAAUUCCCUUUUAUUUUGCAAUUCUUUACUUAUAAUGUUAAAAGUAAAAAAAAAAGUGAAAUAGACUAAAGUAAAAAAAAAUGCUUACUUUAUACGAAUAAAGUUUAUUUUAACACCUUUUUCUAUCUGCUCUAGUGUUGUGACGUCAAUCUUUUAUUGUGAAAGUUCGUACAGGAAGUAGCUACGUAACUGCGUUUCUCUUGUCGAAGACACUUGUUGAUAGCGGCGGGCAGAGGAAACCACCCAUCCAGCUCAGUUUUGGAAGGUUUCUUCUGCACACUGAGAACAACUCAUGCAUUAAGAGUUUUUACCAGAACCUUCAGAAUUUAACUGACUAUUUUAUACUCCGUGGAAUCGUUUCUGAAGCCGCUAAGACGCUCCAGACUUCAAGCAGGAGAGUUAGCUAAAAUCUUAAUAAAUCAUCCAAAGCUCUCAGUAUGUCUACCGAGGAGGCUCCAGCUCAGCAGCAGCAGCCCGAGCAGGUGACGAAGCCCGACGAGCCUCCGCCUGCAGCCGCGGAGGAGGCCAGCGGCGGGAGCCCCGCGGUCGAGGAGAAAACGCUCUCCAACCGCGCGCUGGUCCUGACGGGCUACGGAGGCUACGACAAGAUCAAGCUGCAGGAGAAGACGCUGAAGAGCCCGCAGCUGAAGCCGGGGGAGGUGCUGGUGCGCGUCAAGGCGUGCGGCUUGAACUUCGCGGAGCUGCUGGGCAAACAGGGUCUGUACGAGCUGCUGCCCUCCCCGCCGGUGGUGCUGGGGAUGGAGGGCGCGGGGGUCGUUGAAGCGAUCGGAGAGGAUGUGAAGGACAGGAAAGUGGGAGAUCGCGUUAUUGCGAUGAACCGCAGCGGCAUGUGGCAGGAGUGGGUUGUGGUCCCCGCUCAGAGGACCUUCCACAUGCCCGAGGAGAUGAGCUUUGAGGAAGCGGCCGCUCUGCCGAUAAACUACAUGACGGCGUACAUGAUGCUCUUUGAGAUGGCCAACCUCCGGCCUGGAAAGAGCGUCCUCAUUCACAUGGCAGCAGGCGGCGUCGGCGUUGCUGCCACCCAGCUGUGUCAGACGGUGAAGGACGUGACCGUCUUCGGCACGGCAUCCGCCUCCAAGCACGAGGUCAUCUCUCAAGGAGGGGUCACGCACCCCAUCGACUACCGCACCAAAGACUACGUGACGGAGAUUCGCAAAGUUAGCCCCAAAGGCGUGGACAUCGUGCUGGAUCCUCUCGGCGGCUCGGACACCCAGAAGGGCUUCAGUUUACUGAAACCUUUGGGGAUCCUUAUAGUCUUUGGUGCAGCCAACUGUGUGACAGGCCAGAAGAAGAACCUGUUCGCCAUGGCGAAAACCUGGUACAACCAGCUGUCUCUCAACACCAUGAAGCUGAUGCAGACCAACAAGGCCAUCUCCGGCUUUCACCUGGGCUACAUCUCUGACGAGGAGCUCUUUGAGAGGACCCUGAUCAGUCUGCUGGAGCUCUACAAGCAGGGGAAGAUCAAGCCCCGCAUCGACUCCUGCUACCACUUUGAGGAGGUGGCUGAAGCCAUGAAACGUAUGCACGACCGUCAGAACAUCGGGAAGGUCAUCCUUCUCCCUGAACCCAAGAAGAAGGAGGAGGAGAAGCCCAAGUCGGAGGUCGACGUGGAGAAAACCGAAGCUGCUGUCAGUGAACAGAAGGAGGAGGAGGAGGAGGUCAAAGCAGAAAACUGAGUAAGGGGGGGUUACACACAAGUGUGUUGACAGUUUUCAAAAACGGGGAGAAAACUCAUGAAAUGUCUUGAAUUCUCAGAUUUGUGUCAGUAUUUUUCAAAUGUUGGGCGUUUAUUUGUGCAAUAUGUCAAUAAUACAGUGUUUUUGCUUGUUUGGUCAUGCUUGUGGAAUAAAUGUUUGCUAUAUAUGUUAAUACAA